GACCAUCAUAGCAUUUUGAAAGCUUUUACAAAGAACUAUUAUUGAUUUAUAUUGACGAGUAAACAAUACAUGUAGUACAAAUAAAGUUAGGAAUGCCAAAGCUCAAACAUUUCUAUUCUACGUUACACAAUAACAAUAAAAAAAAGUUUCCGUUUCACCCAGCAAAAAAGCAUUAUGAAUAGAAUAGAAAAGGGCACACGUCUCGUCGCGCAGUCUGCAGUGGGCAAAGCGCGAAGCUCUCGGGGGCGAGGCGGGGCGCGGGCCAGUCUGCACGCGAGCGCCGAGCGGAGCGGACGUGUCGCCCCCCGCCCCCCGCCCCGCAAACUUUACCGCGAGUGUCGCGAGUGAACAUGCCCGCCCUCCGCGCCGUGGCGCUCCUGGCCACCACCGCGGCGCUGGCCCUGGCCUCGCCCGCGGACCCGUGCUACGAGGACGGCCGCCCCAAGCGCUGCAUCCCCGACUUCGUGAACGCCGCCUUCGGAGCCCCCGUGGUGGCGUCGUCCGUGUGCGGGCGCCACGGGCCCGAGCGGCUGUGCGACCCGCCGGGCGCCGAGGCGGCCGACGCUGCGUGCCGCGUGUGCGACGCCGCGCGCUCCGACCGCCGCCACCCGCCCGCGCUGCUCACCGACCUCAACAACCCGCACGACGUCACCUGCUGGCGCUCCGCCGCGCUGCCGCCCGCCCGCUACGACUCCCCGCCCGACAACGUCUCACUGACCCUCUCCCUCGGCAAGAAGUACGAGCUCACCUACGUCAGCCUCCAGUUCUGCCCGAAAGCGGCGAGACCGGAUUCGGUCGCGAUUUACAAGAGUGUAGAUUAUGGCCUGACAUGGCAGCCUUUUCAGUUUUACUCGAGCCAAUGCCGGCGGGUGUACGGGCGUCCGAAUAAGGCGACUGUGACUGCCGCUAACGAGCAGGAAGCGCGAUGCUCCGAUUCCCACAGACUGGGUGGCGAGAACCCCAGCGGAGCUAGGCUCGCCUUCAGCACGCUGGAAGGGCGUCCUAGCGCGUCCAACUUCGACGUGUCGCCCGUGCUGCAGGAUUGGGUGACGGCCACGGACGUGCGCGUGGUGUUCAACCGCCUGCACAUGGUGAGCGAGGGCGACGAGGCGGACGGCGCGGCGCAGGGCGCUCCGGGCACCCAGAACUACGCCGUGUCGGACUUCGCGGUCGGCGGGCGCUGCAAGUGCAACGGGCACGCGUCGCGCUGCGUGCCCAUGAAGGAGGGCGAGGCGGCGGGCGCGGGCCCCCAGCAGCUGGCCUGCGACUGCCGCCACAACACCGCCGGCCGCGACUGCGAGCGCUGCAAGCCCUUCCACUUCGACCGACCCUGGGGCCGCGCCACCGCCCGGGACGCCAACGAAUGCAAAGAAUGCAACUGCAACGGGCACGCGCGGCGCUGCCGGUUCAACAUGGAGCUGUACAAGCUGUCUGGUCGCGCCAGCGGGGGCGUGUGUCUCAAGUGCCGGCACUACACCGCCGGCAGGCAUUGUCACUACUGCCGGGAGGGCUACUACAGGGACCCCACCAAGCCUAUCACGCACAAGAAGGCCUGCAAACCCUGCGACUGCCACCCCGUCGGCGCGAGCGGCAAGACCUGCAACCAGACCAGCGGCCAGUGCCCCUGCAAGGACGGCGUCACGGGCACCACCUGCAACCGCUGCGCCAAGGGCUACCAGCAGUCGCGCAGCCACAUCGCGCCCUGCAUACGUAUCCCGCGCGUGGUGACGGCCGUGCAAGCCAUGGAGGCAGUGGAGGGCGAGCCCGGGCGCGCGGAUCAGUGCGGCCGGUGCCGCGCCGGCGCACGCACGCUAAACCUCAACAAGUUCUGCAGCCGAGACUACGUCAUAAUGGGCAAGGUGGUGGGUCGCGAGGGCGGGCGCGACGGCCCGGCCGGGUGGACGCAGUGGUCUCUGUCCGUGCAGGCGGUGUACAAGCGAGGCCCGCGCAGCCGGCUGCGGCGCGGCGCCGUGCCUCUCUACGUGCGCGGCAAAGAUCUCGCGUGCAAGUGCCCGAAACUCAAGAUUAAUAAGUCUUACCUUAUCCUAGGAUUGGAAAAAGAAGGUGUUUCAUCGGGAUUGCCAGGCCUCGCGGUGGGAGAGCGGACUCUGAUCCUGGAGUGGCGCGACGACUGGCACCGCCGCAUCCGCCGUCUGCAACGACGUGCCAUCAACUGUCAUUACAACGCUUAGACCACUGGCCGGAAACAAAAGAAAAAUAAACCCAUCGAAGCUUCUCGAGCUUCAGGAAAUAUUCCGUCUUAAAACUCGGUCGUUCUGAAUUCAGAAGUAUGUUAUGGAUAAGGAUUUCAGUUGGUGUAGGAGGUAAUGAUUAUAACUGCCAAUUAUAACUUAGCCAUUAAACAUUUUUGAAUUUUUACUUUGUACGAGUAUCAUGACAAUUUACUAGGUCGACUCUGUUUCCCUUCCUAGGAUUCUUAUAUAAUUUGUACAUUAACACUAUUUAUUUAAAAGAGAAAUAAUUAUUGAUAGCAAGUAAGUCCACGUAAAUCUUCGUUCCAUUUCUUGCAUUUUGUAUAUUGUUAUUUUAUAUUGAAAUGCGGAUAUGUUAAAUAUUGUUUUUUAUAAGUAAAGUAAUGUUAGAAUAGUAUGAUGGAGAGUUACAUAGUAUAGUCAGAAGCGUUUAAAUGUACCUCAUUUAUUGUGUAAACUUGUAUAAGAGUUGCAUAAAUAUCUAAUUUAUAGUUAGGAAUAAGAUGAUUUUUAUUUGGAAAUCAAUCCGGAAAAUCUAUUAACUGUUUGCUACUUACCUUCACUAGGUAGGUUUUGUCUGACUGCCAUUUUCAGUGAAUCUGGUUGACAAUAGGUUAUUUCUCACUAAUAUGAGUGAAAUCUAAAUUUUCGACAGCUUAUAAUACGUUGCCUAAUCAGUAAAAUGUAUGUACAGUAUUACUAGCUUUACUAAGUGUAGAAACUAAUGAUAACUAGGUAUCUGCGAGUAUAAGUACUUAUGAUUUUCCUGUCUAUGAAAAAUAUGUUCAACAGCAUACCUUUUAGGUCCAGAGAGUUAUUUUUUUUAUUUCCUAUUUAUGUGUUAAAUCCAUUUAAGUUCAUUGAGUAACUCCUGAAUGGGUACAUUUAGGUAUUUCUAUCCAAAACUUGCCAGGCCAGUCUAUACUUUAAGUUCUGAAUUACUCUAACUUGAUACUACAUACUUAACUAAGUACUUGUUUAUUAUGUUUCAUUAGGUACUUAGGUACACUCUCUUUGGUUUUUCUUAAACUUAAGUACUCAGAAACCAAUAAGGUAGAUUUUUGCUUAAUCGUGCUACGUGCUACGGUUUGUAAAAAGUGUAUUUAGUGCUAGAAAAUAAUCUAUUAACCUGUUUCUAGUUAUGCAUAUCUUUAGAUUUCGUAAUUUUGAUGGUUAGGUAGUAGUUGUUGUGCAUUUGAACACAGUUUUAAUUAAAAACAUUACAAUGACAAAUGAUUCUAAUCUAAUGACUGAAGUUCCACAAUCAAAAGCUUUCCUAAAUAAAAUAAAAAUACAGUGUUGCUUACCCAAAAAUUCAAAAUAUCAUUUAAAAAUGUGCUCAAAUACAUAGCAACUUAUAAAAUAUUAUAUACAAUAAUUAAUGUCUGAUCGUAUUUGUAAAAUUAUAGUCAGUUUGUACUGUAGUUUGUGAAUAUUGUUUUUUAAUUUAUUUUAAAUGCACUAUAGCAUAGCUUCCUGAGAUAAUUUUGCAGAGCGUUAAACGUAUAAAUGAAUGUUACCUGGAGUAAUAUUAUUCAGCAAAGAAACUGGAUUUAUUUAUUCUUUGUUUCAUAAAUAUAUUCACUUAAAUAUUCUUAAAGGUCGCUGAAAUAUGUGAUCUUAACAAAACACAAUGUAACGAUUUCUAAAUCUAUAAUUAUUUCAAAAUUUCAAAUAAGUAACUAACUAAUAAUUAUACUUAACGAAGUAUUCAAUAAAUCUGUUUUAGGUUUUAAGUAAUGCCUACAUUUAUUUGUAUUUUAAGCAAAUGUCAAUUGAAUUUACGGUGUUUUUGUGGAAAACUGAUUCAGGCCAUGCACAUUUUCUCAUAAAUCGAAGCACACUUUGUGAGUUACCUUUUUUUAAAUAAAAAUAUUUAAUAUGGAAACAUUUGUAACAGAACAAUUAUAAACACAAUAUUCUUCAGAAUUAGUCCGCUACCUAUCAGGUAGCGUUAAUAGGUUGGAAAAAGAAAAUUCUUGAUUUAAUCUCAUGAGCAACCUAGCUAUUUCCUGGCUAUACCUACCAUACAGAAUGCAGCCAUAGUAUACCUACCUACCAAAAUACAAAAAUAAUUGAAUGUAAAAGGUAAAACGUGCAUGGUUCGCUGUAAAAAUAAGGUUUAUAAAUGCACUGAAUAACGCGUAUUGUGUUUUUAUGAUACCCUACUCCUGUGAUGUAAUAAAUGUUAUUGGUUAUAUUUAUUUAAAAAUAAAAGUACAUUAAUAUACGAAAA